UCCUCCUCCUCCUCCUCCUCCUCCUCCUCCUCCAGCUGUGGCCGUGCAUCUAAACACUGCUAAAAAGCAGAGGAGAACAGCUUGGUCCUUGUAUCACAGAGGGACUGCGAAAAGAUUCCCAGCUGGCUUGCCGCAAACUCCAAGGAAGGCACAACUGAAGGCACGUUUCCUGCCAUGGUGAACGGGAGGCGGGAUGGCAACCUGCUGGUGCACCUGGGAGCCCAACUGCAGGCCUGGCCGGAGGAGCUGCUGCGGCAGCGGCGAGGCCGCGACGGCCAGCCUGAGUACCUGGUCCGGUGGAGCAUUGCCAGCUUGGAAGGGAGAGCGGCGGGAGCAGCAGGUGCCUCCGGUGCGGAGACCAAGCCGGAGAGCAUCUCCGUGUGGAUGUCUGCAGAAGAGGUCUGCGCCAGCUGCCCGGCGCUGCUGGGCGAGAGGGAGCUGGAAGGGCAGGGGGGGAAAGGGGAGAAGGCAGCCAGCCCGCUGGCCGCGGACGCCCCGCCGGAGGACGCCUCGCUGCUGGAGAUGAAGGCUGACGUCAGGAGCCUGGUGCAGCGAGCCGGGCGGCAGCUGGCCGAGAGCGGGGCCCCCGAAUCCUCCGUCCUCAACACCAUCCACGUGCUGAGCGCGUACGCCGGCAUCGGCUCGCUGGCGGGCGCCUUCAAGGAGGCGGGGGCCCUCGACCUGCUGAUGAGGAUGCUGUGCCACAAGGAGAAGCGAAUCCGCCGCGGCGCCGGCGAGAUGCUGAGGGCCCUGGCUGCGCACGAUGCAGGGAGCCGGGCCUACGUCCUGCUGUCCCUGAGCCAGCAGGAUGGCAUUGAGCAGCACAUGGACUUCGACAGCCGCUACACCUUGCUGGAGCUGUUUGCUGAGACAACAUCCUCUGAAGAGCACUGCAUGUCCUUUGAGGGGAUUCACCUGCCCCAGAUCCCCGGGAAGCUGCUCUUCGUCCUGGUGAAGCGCUACCUGUGCGUCACUUCUCUCCUGGACAAGCUCAGCGGCGGCGUGGAGCGGGAGGACUGCGCCGAGCCCGGCCUGCUGACGGAGGAGAGGAGCCACGUGAAGCAGGAGUUCGAGUUCAGCAUGGCCGUGGCAAACCUCAUCCUGGAGCUGGUGCACGUGAUGGGCUGGGACCGCAGCCCCAAGCCAGAGCUGCAGCCGCACCACGACCGGCGGCCUCGCGCCACCCACUCCAUCUUCCAGCCCAAGUCCCCAGCCUACGCUGCUGCCCAGAUGCCUGUGCUCACUUCGAAUUACGGUCAGCGCAAAAAACGGGGUCGUGCCUUUCUGACCCCGUCAGACUUUGCGGACCGCAGUGGCUACGUGGAGUACUUACAGGCAAACCUGGUGCGCGGCAUGCGGGUGCGCUUGCUGGAGGACUGUGGUGAUGUGAAAGCUGGGGAGGAAGGCGAGUUUCUCCAGAGCACUACUAGCAUGCGCACGGUGCAGGUUUUAUGGGAAUCAACGGGUCAGACCUACUGGAUGCGGUGGCACAUGUUGGAGAUUAUUGGCUUUGCAGACCAGUGGGAAGAUCCUGCUGCUCAGAAAAAAGAACAUAGUCUGAUAGAGAGCUUUAAUAUAGAUACAGUUGCGCAGCCGUUUCUCCGCCAGCCCUUGGGGGGGCUGUACUCUCUGCCUUACCUGGGGGAGCAGCCGCCCGAGGCCGCAGAGGCCCUGAGCCGUGCCGAGUGGUGGGAGCUGCUCUUCUUCGUGAAGAAGCUGGAAGCCCAGGAGCAGAAAGAGCUCUUCUCUCUCAUCCAGCAGGCCCGGGGAGAGCAGCUGUCGGAGGGAGACGAAGAAGCCCUGAUCCGGCUGUCGGUACCCGCGGCGCUGGCCCCGAAGGUGCUGCAGGUCUUGGAGGAGCGGUGCCAGGGCGGCUCUCGGCGCGACCUGCGCGUCUCCCACACCUACACCAAGUACGCCCUCGGUAGGGGGGCCGGGCAGGAUGGCGGGGGGAGCACCGCGGCGUCCCCGAAGGGUGCCGGCUGCAGGAGCGCUGGCCCCGGAGCCCGGGCGGCCGAGGCAGCGGAGGAAGCCCCCGCUGCAGCCCCCGCCGCGGCGGCCAAGGCGGACGCGCAGCUGUUCGGCGAGCUCCUGGAGAGGGAAGGGCUGGCCCUCCCCGAGGUGCCCGAGGAGCAGCUCCGAGGCGGAGAGGCCCCGCGGGCCCCCGGGGACGUGCGGGCGCUCCUGGGCGGCCCCGGGGACGGCGAGUUGGCCGGGGAGGCGGUGGCGGCGCUGGAGCGGCAGCUCUGCGGCGGAGGCGCCGGCCCCUCGGGCGAGGCGGCCCGGCUGCUGCAGGACCGCGGGUGCUUCGGGCUGGUGCUGCGCAGCUUGGAGCUGCUGGGGGCGGAGAAGCCGGCGAGCCUGAGCGUCCUCCGGAUCCUGAGCGGGUUCCUGGCCGCUUCCCGGGGGGACGCGCUGCCCUGGCACGAGUGUGUGGAGCCCUGUUUGGCCUCGCUGAGCGCCCACAGCAGCGACCGGGAGGUGGUGCGGGAGGUCGUCGGCUUCCUGCACCGCCUGGCCAGCAGCAGCAAGGACUGCGCGGUGGCGAUGUGCCGCCUGGGCGCCCGCGAGACGCUGGCCAAGGCCCUGGCCAAGCAGGGCACGGCUCCGCCGCUGGCGCCAGCCCUGCUCGCCCUGGUGACGGACUGCGAGGAGCACGCCGGCCUCUACCAGAAGCUGACGAGCAGCGUCCUGGCUGGCUGCAUGCAGCUGGUCCUGGGGCAGAUCGAGGAGCACCGCCGGAGCCAGCGGCCCAUCAGCAUCCCCUUGUUCGACGUCUUUCUGCGCAACCUGUGCCGAGGCUCCGGCGUGGAGGUGAAGGAGGACAAGUGUUGGGAGAAGGUGCAGGUCUCCUCCAACCCCCACCGGGCCGGCAAGCUGACGGACAGGAACCCCAAGACCUACUGGGAGUCGAACGGCAGCAGCGGCUCCCACUUCAUCACCGUCCACAUGCAGCGUGGCGUGGUGGUCAGGGAGAUGAGCAUGCUGGUGGCCAGCGAGGACUCCAGCUACAUGCCGGCCCGCGUUGUGGUGCUGGGGGGAGACAGCCCGGCCGCCGUCCGAACCGAGCUCAACGCGGUGACCGUCCUGCCCUCGGACAGCAGAGUGGUCCUGCUGGAGAACAUGACCCGCUUCUGGCCCGUCCUCCAGAUCCGGGUGAAGCGGUGCCAGCAGGGCGGCAUCGACACCCGCGUGCGCGGCAUCGAGGUGCUGGGCCCCAAGCCCACUCUGUGGCCCGUCUUCAAGGAGCAGCUGUGCCGGCGGACGUUCCUCUCCUGCACCGCCCGGGCUCACGCCUGGUGCCAGGAGAUCUGCCGUGACCGGGGGCGACUGCUGCAGCUCUUCGGCAAGCUGAACCGGGCGCUGCGGCACGAGCAGGCCUUCGCCGACCGCUUCCUCCCCGACGACGAGGCGGCCUGGGCCUUGGGCAGGACGUUCUGGGAGGCGCUGGUGACCCCCCUGGUGCAGAGCAUCACCAGCCCAGACCCCCAGGGCGUCAGUCCCCUGGCCUGGCUGCUGAGCGAGUACCUGGAGAGCGCGGAGCUGUCCGGUCACGCCGCGAGCCGUGGCGCCGUCUUCGGCUCCCGCGUGCGGCGCCUGACGCAGCUCCUGGUGCACGUGGACCCCCGCGGCGCGGAGCCGGAGGAGGCGCGAGCAGCCGGCGGGAAGGACGGGAGGGACGAGGAGGUGCCGGCCAGGGCUGCGGAGGCGGCGGCGAAGUCGAGCGGCCUGCGGAGCAUCUGGCGGUGCUGGCGGGACGUGGUGCAGCGGCAGGUGCAGCGGUUCCUGGAGGCGGCAGGGCAGGCGCCGGACCUCGUGGAGCGCUACUGCGGGCUGUACCGGUGGCUGCGCGCCGCCACGGAGGAGCUCUUCGGGCGGCAGGCCGCCUCCGUGCUGGCCCUGGGCCGGGGCUUCGCGGGGGCUCUGCUGCAGCUCCCCUUCCUCACCGCCCUGCACGUGAGCGAGCGGUUCGCCCGCUACCUCGACGGGCGGAUCGGGAGCUGCGCGGGGCCGCGGGCAGCACGGGAGCCCCCGCAGCGGCUGCAGCAGCUGCUGGAGCCCUUCGCCGUCCUCGGCGGCCUGGAGCUCGCCCACCCCUUCGAGCACUUCUACCGGCACUACCUGGGGGACCGGCUGCUGGCGCAAGGCCCGUCCUGGCUGGAAGGAGCCGUCGCGGAGCAGCUCGGGCUGUGCUUCCCCAGCCGCUUCCCCCAGGAGAUGCUGAGCGACUUGGCCGAGUCGGAGGAGCUGCGGCAGCAGUUUGGCCUCUUCCAGCUGCAGGAGCGGGACAGGCGGCUGCUGGAGCUGGAGGCGGGCCCGGGCGAGGCGCCGGGGCCGGCCUCGGCGGCGGCUGCGCCGGAGGUUGCGCCGGAGGUGAAGGUGCUGGCCCUGUCCCCGCGCUGCUGGCCCGUCCCCCCGUCCUGCUCCAUGGCCGAGCCCGGGAGGUUUUUCUCGGCGGCGCUGAGCUCCCCCCUGGCCGCGUUUGCCGACUUCUGCAGGCGGCGCCAGCUCCGGCCGGGCCGGGCGGGCGCGAAGCCCCGGCGGUUGCAGUGGACGUGGCUGGGCCGUGCCGAGCUGCGCUUCGGGGACUGCGUCCUCCACGUCUCCACGCUGCAGAUGUACAUCCUGCUGCGCUUCAACGACGCCGAGGAGGUGGCUGUGGAGGCCCUGCUGCAGGCGACGGGGCUCCCGGCCGCCCUGGUGCACCAGGCGCUGACGCCGCUGACCCGCAGCGAGGGCGUCCUGGCGCGGAGCCGCACGCCGGGGGCUCCAGGCGUGCUGCGGCUGAACCGGGCAGCCCUGGCCCAGGCCUCCGGCCGCCCCCUGAGGCUGCUGCCCCAGCAGAGGUACCUCCGGGCGGAGAGGGCCGAGGUCGGCAGCCUGGAGAGGAAGAGGAACGUCCUCUGCUGCCUCAUCACCCGCAUCCUCAAGGCGGAGAAGCAGCUCCACAUCGACAACCUGGUGUUCAAGGUGGUUGACGCCUGCCAGAAGGGCGAGCUGGGGCCGAGGCUGCAGUUCCUGAGCUUCUGCUGCCACAGCGUGGACGUGCUGUCCUGCGUCCUGCACCUGCUGAACCAGGGCUACCUCCGGCGCCAGGAGGCGAGGCCUCACGUCUUGGAAUACGUUUCGGCCGAACCCGCAACGCCUCCUGGGGGCCAGGCACAGAUGGUUUUCCAGGUCAGGCCGUCAGAGGCAUCUCCGGAUGAGGAGAGCACGGACUGCCUGUCUUGGUUGGAUCCUGGCAUCGACACGUCGGAGGAUGUUCUCAUGGCAAUGCUGCAGAUGCCCAUGGGGCACACGCUUAGUCCAGAGGAGGCAAAGCUGCUCAUGAACCAGACAGUACAGCAGAUCCAGGAUACUCUGAGCAUCCCGGAUGAUGUUGCUCAGCACCUCCUCAUGCACUGCAGGUGGAAUGUGGAUUUCCUGAUCCAGUGCUAUGUGGAGAACCGCGAGACCCUGCUCAUCUCCUCGGGGCUGCAAGUGCAGGAUGCCCAGCCUGCCCUGAGCCCAGGAACCCACUGCCCAGUCUGUGUGAACCAGCUGUGUCCCACUGAGAAGCCACCGACCCUCUGUUGCAUGCACUACUGCUGCAAGUCCUGUUGGAGGGAGUAUCUCACGACUCGCAUUGAGCAGAACAUGGUUGUCAACUGCACCUGUCCCAUAUCUGAGUGCCGGGCACAGCCAACUACAGCCUUCAUUUAUUCCAUCAUUUCCUCCAAGGAGAUCAUAGCCAAGUAUGAAAAAGCCCUCCUCAGAGUGUAUGUUGAGUGUUGCUCCAACCUGACGUGGUGCACCAAUCCUCAGGGCUGUGAUCAGAUUCUCCUCAAGGAUGGGCUUGGCUACGGGGCAGCCUGUUCUAAGUGCUCCUGGAUAUCCUGCUUCAACUGCAACUUCCCAGAGGCCCAUUAUCCUGCCAGCUGCAGCCACAUGUCUCAGUGGGUGGAUGAUGAUGGGUACUAUGAGGGAAUGACAACUGAAGCCCAGAGCAAACAUCUGGCUAAACUCAUUUCGAAGCACUGCCCAAGCUGCCAGGCUCAGAUAGAGAAAAAUGAGGGGUGCCUGCAUAUGACGUGUGCAAAGUGUAAUCACGGCUUCUGUUGGCGUUGCCUCAAGCCCUGGAGGCCAACCCAUAAGGAUUAUUACAACUGCUCUGCUAUGGUGAGUAAAGCGGCUUGGCAGGAGAAGCGUUUCCAGGAUUACAAUGAGAGAUGCACCUUUCAUCAUCGUGCAAGGGAAUUUGCCACGAGUCUGAGGAACAGAGUUUCUUCCAUCAGUGAGAUGCCAAAAAUUAGGUCUUUGACUUUUGUUCUUCAUGCCUGCAAAGUGCUAGAGCAGGCACGGAAGGUGCUGGCCUACUCCUGUGUGUACAGCUACUAUAACCAGGACCAUGAGAGCAUGGACGUUGUGGAACAGCAGACUGAGAGCCUCGAGCUGCACACUAAUGCUCUGCAGAUCCUUCUGGAGGAAGCCCUGCUGCAGUACCAGGACCUGGCCUGUUCUCUUCAGCUCCUGAAAGCAGAGCAUUUCAGUACUGGUUUGGAGUUGGUACACCAGAUCAAGGAGCGUCUCUUCGCAAUUCUCUGGCACUCCACACAGGAUUUCCAUGUUGGGCUCCAGACUUCGGCAGAUCCUGGUCAGAGAAGGGUGGAACUCUCAAAUGUGCCUGCUUCAGCCCCUGCCUUUAUAGGGCCAAAAAGUACCGUCUUCUGCAACUCCCCCAACACAGAUGAAGGUGGCAAAGAGGUUGAAGAUGAGGAGUAUGAACCGCAGUGGCAGGUAGACUACGAUGACGAUGACGACCUUGAUGAAGACAACUUUCUGUUCGAUGACGAGUCAGAUAACCUUGACUGUGAUUCUUACUUUGAUGAUGAUGAUGCCUAUGACUAGAGGCGGGCUGUCACCCCGCCUGCCAGCCUGGACCUCUGACUCUACUCUGUUUUGACUCCUUUGCGUUGUUGUCUUUCCUCAAAGGCGGUGAGGAGCUCUCAGGUGGAAUGAAGAGACAUUUCCUCCAGGGGCUCCUUGCUCACUGACUCUCCUUUAAUAUGCAGAAACAUUGUUCUGGACAGAUGGGCUGUGUUACUGUGGCCACCUCUCUGAGAAAGACGUUUCCUCGCCGUUCUCCCUUCUCUCCAUUUUUGCCCAUAGGUAUCUAAUUGAUUUAGAAAGUAUCUAAUUGAUUUAGAAAGUCACAGUCCAGCUGAAAACUGAGGACUGCUUGCCGCCUGUUAAAUGACUGUUUGGUGUCCUUGGGCUUGCUCUCCCCAAGGAUUGGGUACAGGUGAGCGUGGCACCUGCCCUAGCGUGGCACUGUCUAAUCCAGCCAGGGUCUAGAAGUAAAGUGAUGUGUGUACACUCAAGUCAAAGCCUCCCACCUGGAGCUGGUGGGAUUCCCUGCA